UUUUUUCAUGAAACCUGCAGCUGCGCAUAUACACAUCGACGCGGAUUGGCUUGAACUAUUGCUGUUUCCUGAAGAAUGAAGCUUAUUGUCCUACUGGUCAUCCUUCCCUCGGCGUUGGUCGACGGCAUCUCGCUGAACCGAGGCACACGAGGGCGCGGACGGACCGACGGCAACUACACGCCCUCGCCACUCUCAUCUCCACUCUGUGCCCGUGAUGACCAAGCCAUCCAUCGCACUCCCACGUGCAAGGCGGCCCUGCCUAGCGGAUUCGAGCAGCUCAAGAGGAGUGUGCUCAGCCAGGCGUCAUCUCUCUGCCAGUCGGGUGACGCUUCGUCCUGCAGCGAUGAGGAGUGCAAGCUGACGCCCGGCAUCAUCGACUAUCAUCAUCAGGGGGAGGAUUGGUCGUGCGGACAGUGUGGCUGCCGAAAUCGGCAGUCGCCCAUCGACCUGCCCGUCACUGCUCCCGUGUCGGCAACCACCUUCAAGUACGGCUUCCUUCCCGCCGGGAGCAUGUGCAUGGCCAACACGGGCUUCACCAUCGAGCUGCGGCGCCAAACCAUCACCAGCGACGCCAUCCCCAACUCCUUCGAGGGCGCGUGUCCAAGCGCGGCGCCGUCAGUGAGCGACACCGACCAGGCGGACAUUGAGUAUGAUGGCGGAAGCUAUGUCCUGGACAACAUCCACUUUCAUGCCCCAGCAGAACACACCUUCCAGGGCCAGCGGCACUCCCUCGAGAUGCACGUCGUCACGAAAUUCAUCCCGGCGACAGAGGCGGAUGCAAACAAGACGCACUUUCUGGUGUUGGGCUUUACCUUUGUGGAGGGGCAGUCGAGUGCAUUCCUGGAAGAGAUCCUGUCGCGUGGGGUGCCCGCCGUGUCCAACCGGGUGACCCUCAUCCCUUCACAGCCGCGCUUUGACGUCAACGAGCUCAUCCGUGAGGCUGCCGAGUUCAUCUACUAUCCGGGCAGCCUCACCGUCCCGCCGUGCUCCGAGAACGUCGAGUGGUUUGUGAAUCGCCGGCCGCUGGAGGCGUCCCCCGCCCAGCUGGCGGUGUUUCUGGCCGAGUUCACCAGCAACGAGUGCUGCGAGAACUCCAAGGGCAACUACCGUGUGACGCAGAACCACAAGAACCAGCAGCUGCACCACAUGGCCAUCGUCAAGGGCGUCCCACUGGCCAAGAAGCGGCCCUUCAGCCUGGGCAAGAAGAAGAGCAGCAUGCGGGCCGCGGUGGCGUAAGUAGAUACGAGCGGCCGGGGGUGACCUGACAUGUCGAUACGGUAGAUGAGGUAGAUGAGAUGGAGGAACAUUGCAUCAUCCGAUGGUGCAGUUUCUUCGGUCGGUAGAUAGCUGGUUUGCUGGCUGCUGUUAGGAUGGUUUUUCUCGUCUGUUUGUCAUCCAGUAGGGAUGUCAAUUCACUGAGUGGUCGCUGUGCAGAUGCCUACUUGAAUGCGUGUACGCGUUUGGCUGUGCCUGCCUGCCUGCCUGCCUGUGUGUGUGUGUGUGUAUGAUUGGCUGGCUGCGUCACGAUAGCUGCUGCUGCAUAUUUGUACAGACCGUCUGUGUUUGUCGUCCGUGGCCGUCACGCGACCAUUUCGAGGACACGAACGUUCAAUGGUCCACGACCAUCCAUGAGCCAAA